AUGCAUACUUGUUUAGCCUUUUUCAUCAUUGGUUUUCUUGUUUCUACAACAAAUGGAUUCUACAGUUCAAGUGAUGAUGUUAUUGAACUUGAUUCAUCUAAUUUUGAUCGUCUUGUCAUGCAAAGUUCAGAUUUAUGGUUUGUAGAAUUUUAUGCACCAUGGUGUGGUCAUUGUCAAAAUUUAGCACCCGAAUGGAAACGUGUUGCAACAGCAUUAAAAGGUAGUGUUAAAAUUGGUGCUGUUGAUGCUGAUACACAUAAAUCACUCGGUCAACAAUAUGGAAUAUCAGGGUUUCCAACAAUAAAAAUAUUUGGAAGUAAUAAACGAUCUCCAACAAAUUAUCAAGGUGGACGAACAGCUGAUGCUAUCGUUGAACAAGCUCUUAGUCAAUUAAGAACGAUUGCAAAUGAACGUUUGGGUAAACGAACUGGAGGUAGUAGUGGUGGAAGUAGUAGCAGCGGAAGUGGAGAAAAAGACACAAUUGAAUUAACAGAUAGUAAUUUUGAUUCAAUAGUUAUCGAUUCGGAAGAUAUGUGGCUUGUUGAAUUCAUGGCUCCAUGGUGUGGCCAUUGCAAGAAUUUAGCACCCGAAUGGGCUCGUGCUGCAACGGAGCUUAAAGGCAAAGUAAAAUUAGGUGUUGUUGAUGCAACUGUUCAUACACAAUUGGCACAACGAUAUGGAGUCCAAGGUUUUCCAACAAUAAAAUUUUUUCCAUCUGGUAGAAAAGAUGGUCAAGCUGAAGAAUAUGAUGGUGGACGCACAUCAAGUGAUAUUGUUGCAUGGGCAUUAGAUAAAUUUCAAGCAAAUGUUCCAGCACCGGAUGUUCUUGAAAUAACAAAUCAAGCUAUUUUAGAUGAUAAUUGUGCAGAAAAACAAUUAUGUAUAAUAUCAUUUUUACCGAAUAUUCUUGAUUGUCAAUCAGCAUGUCGUAAUGAACAUUUAACAAUGUUAAAAAAUUUUGCUGAAAAUUAUAAACGUAAUCGUUGGGGUUGGUUAUGGGUUGAAGCAUUUCGUCAACAAAAACUUGAAGAUUCCGUUGGUAUUGGAGGUUUUGGUUAUCCAGCACAAGUUGCUAUUAAUGCACGCAAAGGAAAAUAUGUUGUCUUAAAAGGUGCAUUCAGUCAAAUGGGUAUAAGUUCAUUUUUAAAAGAAUUAUCGGCUGGUCGUUUAACCAGUCCACUUGUACCAUUAAAUGGUGUAGCUGAAGGAAAAUUGCCAACUAUUAUUGAUAGUGAACCAUGGGAUGGUCAAGAUGGAACAUUAGAUAUUGUUGAAGACAUUGAUCUUAGUGACAUCAAUUUGGAUGAUGAUGAUAGUGAUAAAAUGAAAAAAGUAAUCAAUUACCGAUGUCCAAAGUUCUUUCAAAAUAAUUUUACUUUAAGUAUGCAAUCAUUAUCUGUUUAUGCUCGAUUAUUUGCACGUGCUAUUAGUAGUACAGAAGCUGAACAUAUUCUUUUCAAUGGUUUAUUACGUUUAUCAUCAUCUUCUGUGCAUGCAACACAAUCUUCCAAUAGUCUUGCUAUAACAUAUCCAUCAACAGCAAUUAAACAUGCUGUACAUCUAGUCACUGUUUCAUCGGGUUAUUCAAGUCAUGAUAAUAAUGAAUAUGAAUGUAUAACAAAAACAAAACGAAGAAAUUCUCUAAUAGAACAAAAACCACAUCCAUCAAAUGUAUAUGGUGAUGAUGCUUUUUUUAUAACAAAACAUCGUUUAGGAGAUUUUCUUGGCGUUGCCGAUGGUGUUGGCGGUUGGCGUGAACAUGGUAUUGAUCCAUCCUUAUUUUCACGUUCACUAAUGGAUGCAUGUAAAUCAUUAAUUGAUAAUAAACUUAUUGAUUUAAAUCCACUAACAUUAAAAGAAUUAUUAUCCAAAGGUUAUAAACAAUUAUUAGAAGAUAAACAAUGUAUUAUUGGAAGUAGUACAGCAUGCAUUGUUGCAUUACAUAAUGAAGAAAGAAUACUACAUACAGCUAAUUUAGGUGACAGUGGUUUUGUUGUUAUAAGAAAAAAUACAAUUGUACAUCGAUCACAAGAGCAACAACAUUAUUUUAAUUCACCAUUUCAAUUAGCUAUUCAUCCAACAAUUAAAGAUCCACGUUUAAUUGCUGAUAGUCCCGAUUUAGCAUCAGUGACUUCGUUUGAUGUUGAAGAAAAUGAUUUUAUUGUUAUUGCAACAGAUGGUCUAUGGGAUAAUUUACCUGAUGCUACAAUACUUGAAGAAAUUAAACAAAUUAAAGUAAGUUAG